AAAUUGCUUUAUACAAUGAAAUCAAAUUGUUUUGGGAAUUAUAAAUUAUGGAAAUGAACUUGAUUUUUCAGGAUGUCUUUGGAAUGUAGAACGGCAACUUGUCCCAUUAGUAACUAUGAUUCCAGAUAAGUGUCGCUUGAUUAAGUUCCUUCUUCAAAGACAGAACAGUAAAAGUGUUAUCCUAGAUGUAUGUAGACAGAUGCUGUUACCAGGGCAGCAAGCUAGGCUACCUGUGAUAUCCCGUGUUGUAGAUAUGCUGAAUCAGGUCUACAAAACUUAUUUGGAGGCAGAGAUGCUGGCCCUGGCCAGUGAAACUGCUAGUCAACCAGAUGUAUACAGGAGGGUAAUCAUUGAUCAAUCAGACAUGUACACCUGUGUUUUCUCUGUACUAGAAGAUAAUGUUGAAAUACCUUACAAGUUCAAAGUUGCUGUUUUAAUUGAAUACAUACGCUCCUUGAGUCAAAGGGAAAUUCCAGUUCAGCCACUAUCUUUAUGGAAUUUAACUCAUCAACAUCCUAGUACACAACCAUGUUCUCCUACCCCAGUACAUCAGUUCCUACAGAUCAUGUGCUUAGUGACCCUCCAAAACCCUCUUCUAACCUACUCUUAG